UAAAGUGUGUUUUAGGAAAGUACUGACUGACUCGCCCUUCACAGAAGAGAUGAAGAUUGUCGUGUUUGCUCUUCUCCUCUCAGCUCAUUGUGAGCUGACAACAGCUCUGAAAAGAAAACACUUUCAUUUUAGUAAUGCCACGACAUGGACAAAAGCUCAAAGUCACUGCAAAGACAACUAUGAUUACCUGUCCAGUCUUGACCAUCAGGAGGAAAUUACAGCGUUAAGCACAACAGCAGGAAGUUGGGUUGGCCUGCAACAGAUCUCUACAAACAACUGGGAGUGGAGUGAUGGAGGCAACAGCAGUUUUAUCAUCUGGGCAGAUGGAGAACCAAAUCAUGCAGACCGCUGUGCUACAGUUAAAAAUGGCCUAUUGUAUAACAACCCCUGUAAUGCUUCAUACGGUUACUUCUGCUACAAGUGGGACCCUGAACUGAUUGUGGUUAAAGAGAAUAAGAGCUGGGAGGACGCGUUACAAUACUGCAGGACUCAUCACACUGAUCUGGCCAGUCUGCCAACAGAUUUACAUCUCAUCCAAGCACAACAAGCCACUGCUGACACAUCAAGUGUGUGGACAGGUCUACGGUUCAUGGCAGGCUCAUGGUUCUGGUUAAGUGGAGAGAAUCUGGGAUACGUUAGUGCCCAUCUGCCAGCCUGUCCUGCUAAAUACACUUACUGUGGAUCUCUAAACCUAAAAAAUCAGAGCUGGGAGAACAGAAACUGUAUGGAGAAACUUAACUUUGUCUGCUAUUAAAGAGGACGGAUUUAAGAAUAUCAAGAGAAAUCUGACAAUUGAAGGAAGUAUGUCUUAUGUCUAGGUAGCCACUGACUCUAUUCAAAAUAAAAAUGCACUGUUAAAAUGAUAUCAUAUCAACAUAUAUUUUUAUUUUACUUGCCAAACAAAGAAAAAGGCAUUUGAAAAAAAAUGUUGUUUGCAUUUCUUAUCUCCUUAUGUCACCAGUAACCUCACUCAAUUUUUAUUUUUUCAACAAAGGAAUUCACAUACUAUGGAAAUCAGAAAAUAUGAACUAGAAUACUAUUUUUUAAAAACAUAAAUCAAAAUAAAAUAAUAUAUAUAAUAAAAUAGUUUUGUAAAUUAAAUCUUCUUUUUGAAGUAUAAAAUAUUAAAAUAUUUCAGGUUUUCAUUUUAAUACAUGAAAUAAAAUGUUUUCUUGUUUUGUUAACAAUAAUUUUAAAGUGACCAAAAGUAACAAAAAACCUAAAAGUUUCAAAACCUAAAAUAAAAGAAGGCCACAUAUAGUAAUACAAUGGCAUUUUAUGCUUUUAUGAUUCAUGAAACACACAGUCAAGUAUGGUAGUGCAACAGGAUUUUUUUUCUUUCUUUUUUUUAAGAUAAAUGAAUAUUUCUGUGUAAACCAGCAAUGCUAGAGUAAGCCAACAUUAAAAACAAUCCUUCAAACAACAUAUAACAUAAUUUAAGAAGUAAUUUAUAAUUAAUUAACCAGUAAUUAUGAUUUCUAUAAAUUCAUUAUAUGAAUUUAUUUUAAUUUUUUUUAUUAAAUAUCCAGAAGUGGCAAAAAAUACAUACUUAAGAAAUGAUCUCAAUAUAUCCAAUAAGAAAUAACAAUAGCUAGCUGUGUCAUAUUCAUUAGAAAUUUAUAUUUCUCAGUAAAUAGUACAUUCUGACUGCGGAAAUGGAUGAUCUGAAAACAUUACCUUAGCUUUUCUACAUUUACCAUUAAAGGCGGAGUCCACGAUGUUUGAAAGCCAAUGUUGAUAUUUGAAAUCACCCAAACAAACACGCAUAAAUAAACAAAACAGUAGAGAUGGCUUAAUCAGCUUGAAUUAAGUUAGGUACUCCUCUCAAUAAAAUAUAAGGACUCAAAAUGUGCCCAACCAUUUGGUCGAGCAGGCAGUUAAAGGGUUAACAAGUUAAGUCAACUUGUCUUUCUUUUUAAACUAUGUUUUUAUGUUGUUUUCUUUUUAAGUUAUUUCUACAUUACAAGUCAAAUGUUUAAAAAUGAGUGUUGAAAUAACUUGUA